AUGGAAGAACAUCGUCUUAACCUUGACAAUGAAUUUCAACAUAUUGUUAGUGUUCGUGACAUGCUUCAUCAAGAAAUUGAUUCGAACUCAACAUCAACACCAAUCGUUAACAUCGAUGAUAUUAAUCGAUGGGAAAAUGAAAUGAUCAAGAAAGUGAAAUCAACUGCUGCUAACGCUCGCGAAACAAUCAUCGAAAUAAAACCGACUGAUAUUAAAAUAAAACUAAAACAAGAUACAAUAGACUGGAAUAGUUUAAUUGAAAUCACAACUUUAGAAGAUUUUGUUACACCAAAAAUCAUUACAUUUGACAAUAUUCCAAAAGCAGAUGAAGAACACAAAAGAUUUUAUAAACAUGAAGGAUUCGAAUGGGUAAAUGCCUAUUAUGUGCAUAGUUCAUAUGCAAAAAAAAUUUACCCAGGAAGUGGUUAUAUAAAUGAUUUUAUCAAUGGAAGUAAAUAUAUUGUGCGGAUCUGUGAUGAAAUGAGCAUAAGCAGGUGUAAGAAAAAUCAAUUAUUUAAUAUUUAUUCGUUUCAAGCUAAUUCAGCAUGGUCUGAUAUUUUAACAUUAGAAAUCAGAGGUCUACGAAAUGGUGAAAAACUGUGUUCAAAAACAGUUGUUUUACAAAAAAACAACAUCAUUGUUCGAAUUGAACUGGUACGAUAUCGAUAA